GACUCAACGACUAGUCCCGAGAAAAUCACUACAGCACAAAAAUUAACAGAGUUAAUAAAAGCUAACAGAGUUCAUAUCUUUCUUAUAAGUUAUACUAUUCGAAUUAUUUAAUUGCUAUUAUCCAACAUUAUGCAAAUCUACUGCUUUUUAAUGGCGCUUGCCUUUGUAAACGUUCCGUCAACAACGACAGCGGACUACGCAAAGACGGUUUUCAUGACAAACAAACUCAUCGAAAUAGCUUUUAAAACAAAUGCUGCGGGAUUAGAGACUGUAAUUGAAAAUAUUAUUAAUGGAGAUAAACCGAUGGUGACAGUUAAUUUGAUGUUAGCUAUGCCUGAAUCAAUAUCUAUUUUUAACAUACCAGAAUCUAUUGCUAUAGCUGAACAGGAGACAGUGCAAAAUGAAAUAUUAGGCGUGAGAAAAUUGAUUAGCACAGUUGAAAAGGAGGCAGUGCAAAUAAUAACAUUCAGUACUAUUAAAAUCGUUAAUGUACGAGGACAUAAUAACCCAGACGAAGAAUAUAUUGGUCUAGCUGAACAGGAGGCAGUGCAAAAAAAACCAAUAAAAAAGCACAUUGACGUAGCUGAACAGGAGGCAGUGGAACCAAAAUCAUUAAGUAAUAUCAUUGCUGUAAUUGGCCCAAACGAAGAAUAUAUGGCCCUAGCUAAACCGAAGGCAUGGCAAGAAAAACCAAUAAAAAAACAUAUUGACGUAGCUGAACAGGAGACAGUGGAACAAAAAUCAUUAAAUAUCCAUGUUGUACUUGGCCCAAACGAAGGUAUUGGUUCAUUGCCAGAGCUUGGAGCAGAUAGAAGACUUAUAACUGCAAAAGCUACAAAAUCGUUACUUCUCGCUGCAAUACACAAAGUUAGAAAAGUACCAAAAUCCCUCAAUUUGUACACGAUGUGCCGUUUAACAGGUUUGAUCAGAAGUAUAAAAUUCCCAGAUGAAUUUAUAAAAACCGCUGAUGUUAUCAAUGGUCUUUGUAUAUUAACUUCAAGUGCUGGCUAUGAAUACGUAUACAAACGCUCCCUCAGCUUUAUAGUUAUGGAAGUACCACUCGGUGGACGUGAAAAAGGACUUGUAUUACUUGAGGAACAGAUAAAGACUUGGUUCUCGCCCAAACAGCGAUACUACAAUAUGUAAUUUUAAUUAUUGUAUUCAAUAAUAUUGUAUUUGUUAUAAAAUAUUUAUUGUAAAAAAACAAUUUAAAUAAUAAUACAUGCUAUCCAUAAUAUAAUAUAAUAUGUACCUCAGGAAUUAUU